AUGUACGUCAGCAGUGUGGUUGUUGUCGGCCUAUACUUUGAUCGACGACGUGCUCUCGCCGUGGGUGUGGCCUCCUCUGGGUCAGGAAUCGGAAUUUUCGUCAUUGCAGCCGCCACGGGAGCUCUACUGAAAGUCAUGAGCUGGCGUUCCAUCUCUCAGAUCGAGGCUGCUUUAAUGGUGCUGGGUAUCAUCUCCGGUCUCACGCUGCGGCCUCUGCCUAAAGAUGUCAGCGAAAUAGAGGAGAACGCAGAGAAAUCCAAGUGGAAAAUCUUCAUUGACAGACUUGACAUCAAGUUGUUCAAGAUCCUCGCCUUCGACUUGAUUUGCUGCGUGUUUAUCCUCGGAACAACCGGUUGCAUGCUUCCAUAUAUGUACCUGCCUGAUGUGGCUCAGCAAUACGGCAUCGAUACUAAAGACGCUGCAUUUCUCCUUUCAAUAACGGGUAUCACCAACACUAUAGCGCGGGUAUCGACUACGAGAGUAUUAAAUGGUGUUUAUCUAUCUAUUGUCGUUUUCUCUUUGAUAAAUCCUAUUGAGCUACUAUUUGCCAGUCGAAGAAUAUUGUUGAGCAAUUGCUUGACAGCUGACUUCACUCUUUCCCUAUCUUUAAGAGUCACUUUCUUCGCCUCGUAUGGGAGUCCCUGUAUCUGUCUGUCUGUCUGUCUGUCUGUUUCUCUCUCUCUCCUUCUCUGCGCUUAA